AAGCCAAUCUGUCCGGUUCGCUCGGUACAAUUCGCCUGGUGUAGAAAAUGCGAGAUUUGUGUAUUAAAGGUUUCUAAUUUUGAUACCGUUUGUUCGAACCUGAUUAACAUCUAGUGGGCACUGGUUUUAAGGUAGAAAGAGGUGGAGAAGAAAUGAUCACCUCACACCGUGAACCAUCUGAAUCCGAAAAGGCCCAUGGUAAGGAGACGACUCCGUAACCAUCAUCCUCACCGUACGAAUAUAUCCGCCUUUAUAAAGGACCCGGAGUGGUGUGCGGAGUGAUAUCGCAACGAGACAAAUAGACACAAUCAUCAAGGGGGUCAUUCGCUGGUGAAGGCCCUGCCUGGGACGACGACAACGACGGCAACACUAUAGCAGUUGGAACUGGCGCACUACUGUGGCGGUGUAUGGUAGCAGGCAGAGAGUACAUUGCCAACCAAGGGGUGACUGGUAUGAGUUGAACGCGCCCGGCACAGCUCGUAGUGGUGGCAACCCGGUCGUUUUGCGCAUGUGUAUGUGAAAUGGUGGGAACCGCAAUGAUUAUCGCUGCUUGGGUGGAAGUGUAAGGUGGAAAACAAGAAGCAUAACCCCCCUCGCUGUUGGAGGAAAAUUGCCCAACAUUCGGUGCGGUGCAGUCGUUGGUCCUGUUAACUGUGGGUGGGUGAAGGCUCCGGGUGUCAAGGGGAAAUGAAAUUCAGUGCCGUGCGUAGUUGUGCGCGCGUGUGUCCGAGGAGAUCGCUAGCGACAACGACGACGCGUGCUGUGAUGGUGUGCGUGAGCCAGCAGCAGCAGCAGCGAGGCGAGCUGUUUUGUCGACUGUGAAGUGAGGCUUCAUUUUUUCAGUGGAUAAUCAGUAGCAGAGGCAAACGCAUCUCGCGCAAGAAACCGUGCAGCAGCAAAUCGAAGGAGUGAAGCGUACACGCGUCGUAGUCGCAACCGUGUCGUCGUCGUCGCCGCUAUAGUCGCUAAGCUGUCGACCUCCAGUCGCAAACUGGUAGCAAAAAGAAGAGUGUGAUAUUGUACGUAAAAAAAAAAUAUCGGUAUUAUUUCGGAUGUGCACGGGUGGCAAACAAAACUCACGUAAAACGAGAGUGGAUUACCGAGGGGCGAUCGAUUUGGGUGAUUUUUGUGUGUGGUGAUCGGGUGCCUAUCCCCCCUGUGCGGGGAAGCUCAAGAUCGUGAUCGAAAAUAUAAUGACCUCCUAAAACGCGAGGUUCGCCGGGAUUGCAUUAGUAAAACAAACAAAUAGUGGUGGAUUUUCAGCGCAAUGAUUACAACAAAGUGAAAUAUGUCCGAAGUCGGUCACCACCGCAGCCGUCGCCUCAACAACCACCACCACCAGUACCGUCACCAUCGGAAGUGAACCAACAACAAACAACAGUUAGAAGAGUCAGUGUUCGGUUAUUGCUGCCUGCGCGCGCGCCCUCGCCUACCAUACCACACGCUGCUGUGCUGCACUGAAGCAAAGGCAUCGUCUCGAGGGAGAGAAUAAAUUGGCUUUUGGAGGUUGGAUACAAAAUAAUAACAGCGAGAUCCACACGGGAUCGAAGCCCCCAAAGUUGUCGUUCGUGGUGUCUAUUGAUUAGGGGGAUUGUUCUUGUAUAAUUGUCGUGAGGUUUUACGCCUGAGUUUGUUCGUUCGUUUUGUGAAGUGCGCGUACCGGCGAAUGUUGGUGCAGGGUUGCGGGAAGGAGUUGGAACGGUUCCGACCGAAGAGGGCCCGCGAAGAGAUCAUCUGCUGAUCUGGUGAUUUAGAAGUAGUGCGUCGAUCUCGACCCGGAAAACGGCAUCAUUUAAUCCUAGUUUCUAUUACCGGAUAAGGCAAGGGGAAGAUAUUUAAGUGUUAUCAAAAUGUAUGCUAAAGGAAAAGGGACAGCGGUGCCGUCGGAUGCACAAGCUAGGGAAAAAAUUGCACUUUAUGUAUAUGAAUAUUUAUUACACGUAGGAGCAUCGAAAGCAGCACAAACAUUCUUAUCGGAGAUCCGGUGGGAGAAGAAUAUCACACUAGGCGAACCUCCGGGCUUCCUGCACUCGUGGUGGUGCGUGUUUUGGGAUCUCUACUGUGCGGCACCGGAACGACGGGAUACCUGCGAGCAUUCAUCCGAGGCCAAAGCAUUUCAUGAUUACGGUUUCGUGAGUUCAGGCUACGGAGUGAACGGAAUAGCACACAAUGCCGGUCCAGCGCCGAGUCCGCUGGGACAGUUACCACCAAACGAGGGCAUGCCAGGCGGCCCGAUGGCGCCAGCCGGUUUCUUCCCGAAUUCCUCAAUUAGGCCAUCACAACCUUCACAUCCUAGUAGUGGGCAGUCCCCACACCCACAACCACCAAACUCGCAUGGACAGAUGAUGGGCAGCCAGCCAUUCAUGGGAGGUCCCCGGUACCCACCUGGUCCCCGACCCGGAGUCCGAAUGCCGCAAGGAAUUGGAAACGAUUUCAAUGGUCCCCCCGGACAACCCAUGAUGCCAAAUAGUAUGGAUCCCACGCGGCAAGGUGAAGCUGGAGACUUUGUAGCAUGGCAAGGCCCCCCUGGCAUGGGUCCGAUGAAUCCUAGAAUGAAUCCACCUCGCGGCCCCGGAAUGGGUCCAAUGGGCGCCGGCACGUACGGACCGGGCAUGCGCGGUCCACCGCCCAACAGCAGCCUAGGGCCCGGCGGUAUGCCUCCGAUGGGAAUGGCCGGCGGACGGCCCCAGUGGCAACCGAACACUUCGUCGCCCAUGAACUAUUCAUCCUCGUCACCUGGAAACUACGGUGGUCCACCUGGGCCAAGUGGACCGCCCGGUCCCGGAACGCCCAUCAUGCCAUCACCUCAAGAUUCAUCCAACUCCGGCGGCGAGAACAUGUACACACCAAUGAAGCCCGAAUUCCCCAUGGUCGGCGGCUCGGACGGGGGCGGCCCGAUGGGUGGUCCGAUGGGCCCGAACUCGAUGGGCGGCCCGGUACUUAACAACGACGGCCUGGACGGUAUGAAGAAUAGCCCGGCGAACGGACCCGGCACGCCCCGGGAAGACUCCGGCAGCGGCAUGGGCGACUACAACCUCGGGGGCUUCGGCGGACCCGGCGAGAACGAUCAAACCGAGUCGGCCGCCAUACUCAAGAUCAAGGAAAGCAUGCAGGAAGAGGCGAAACGCUUCGAAAAAGAUUCCGACCAGCCCGAAUACUACAUGCAAUAACAUCCUCCACCAACUGCUUUUACAACAACUACUACUUCUAGUACUACGACAUCAUUUACUACUACAACAUCUACUACCACUACUUCCUCUUCUGUUGAUGAUCAGCCUUGUACGCCCAACGGUGCCGAUGUCAUGUCAACAUUUCCUGCAAUUGCCACUACUUCCCCCAAAAGCAUCUGAUUUUCCUUAUCUGGGUUUACAGCAUUACUUCUCCUGGACACAAGAGACCACAAUUCUGCACGCUUCACUGGCACCUUUAUCUCUAUCGUUAAAGAGUUGAGAAAUAUGUUGGCGAAUGUUUUUGGCAAGCGAAUCAACCACUAGAAAGUACUACAUAAUGGUUUCCUCCGUUGAGGUGACCUGACGCACUAUUCAAUCAUUGGAACGUAACGGAUUUUGAAAUCCCGUCUCCUAUUCCUGUCCUAUAGUUUCUGUCCUCUAUGUUGAAACCUAAAUAGUCCAAUUAUCUCAGCAAUUCCAAAAGAGUUUCAAACAAACACAAAAACAGUAUCCAACAACGGUAACCAAAAAAGCCACUUUUACUAAAAAAUGAACGCCAAAAGGCAAAGCAAUGUAAGAAAGAGUCCUUUUCGGUUUACCUUCCCUCUAAGUUCCCUUCCUUUACAUUUGAAAUCCCUCGCAAGAGAAAACCAAAACUCGACUAUUCAUAAAAAAAUAAUUUUAUUUCUUUGAAAAUAUUAAAACGUGUUUUUGUCAAACUCCGUCGAUCAAAUCCCGCUUCCGUUAUUCGUCCAAGUGAAUCCCAGACUAACAGUGUUGAUGAUUUUUUUUUGCGAAACAGACUUGUAAGAAGUUUAAACAGAACAUAAACAAAAACCCUAUAGGAUAAUUUUACCAAUACCAAUUAAAGUAUGAGAAAUCGAGAUAGAGAGAGAAAGGUUGUAGAAAAAAUAAAUAAACAAGGAAUUUGUCGGCAUCCACGGCAGCAGUGGACUGAGAUGAAAUACAAACAACCAGAAAAAAUGCAUCUGUGUUAGAAUUUAUUAUUAAACUACAAUUAUAUUUUCUUUUCCUUUCUCUCGAAAGCAAGAUGUGCAAAAUCACACCUACACAAACACAAACAGCAGAAUAAGCCGAAAAAAGGAAAAAAAGAGAAUCCCAGGUUGAACAAAAAAGAAUAGUGGAAAAUAAUCAUUUUUUGUGAAACACAAA